GUCCUCCCACGAAUCCCGACAGACGCCCUUUGCCUGAGGGGUGGAUAGAGAAGUACGACGAGAGGUGAGCAUCCCUGUCAUGUCAGCGUUGGUCUCGGCUAGUGUGGUGGAAGCGGGAACCACCCCGCACGCAAGCCUCGCCACCACCAGUUGUGCUUAGAUAUCCUCGAUAUGGAGUGUAUGGGUUGAGAGGGGACAGUCCGUGGUCAGUAUGUCGCGGCUUCGUUGACAUCACACGCAACCCCCCCCCCCUCCGUGACUGCGGAGGUCUCUGGAGUUCCGACCUAUCUAUUCCCUGACUUCGUCAUGUUGCGAAAGCUACUCGAAUGCAGGCGAUGGGUAUCAAGCUGUGUGCUGGACUACGGGGAUAGGCCUCAUGGUACCAGACAUGGUUCUAUGUGAACACUAGGGAGAACCCUCCGCGUUCCUCGUGGGUGCAUCCACUCGGUCCGCCACCCCCUGCAAGCUAUGGUCCGCCCCCGGGGCCUCCUCCGCCCAAUCAAUACAGUAGCCAGUACCCGCCUCCGGGUGGCUACAACCCGGGUUACAACCCAAGUCCUCCUCCGCCACAAUGGGGCCAGUCGCCACCGCCCCCCGGCGGGUACUACGGGACCCCACCGCCUCAGGGCGGUUAUCCUGCACAAUAUGGAGGACCUCCUCCCCAGGAAAGUCGUGGCUGGUUCGGCUCGAGCUCCCCUCAGCCACAGCAACCCGUGUACGCCGCUCCCCCGAAGAAGUCCGGUCCGGGUAUGGGAACGGCGUUGCUUGCGGGUGGUGCUGGCCUGGUAGGCGGCGCCUUGCUCAUGGAUGCGUUUGAGGAUCACGAGGAUCACGAGCGUGAGGAGGCUUACGAUCAGGGCUACGAUCAGGGCUUCGAAAACGGUGAAGAUCAGGGAGGGUUCGACGGUGGCGGAGACUGGUGAUCCUCUCGUCUCGAGCGAGUCUGCUCCCACUCCGCGUUCAGAUCUAUACCAGUGGCUUUCUGCGGUGUAUAUUAGCGCUUUGACCGUUUGCAUUGUCCUUGCCUCGUGGAAUCACUUCAGUGCGUCUGGCUGUAUUAUAUGUCGCUCCCUGCUCGGUUAGGGGACGAAAUCUGUGGAAGCCUUCGAAGUGCAUGGAUAUCGACGUUAGGAUUCGCAUGGGCGUCUAUGAUGCCAGGACUCCGCGGGCUCGGCAAAUGUAUCUUGACGGCUUCAUUCACGCGGCCUUCCUUCGCAAUCUGUACUCUGGUGGUCCGGUAUUCCCGUGGACGCUACCAAGAACGCUUCGUCUGAAACUCUAAACUGUUCAAUUACAAACCGUAAUCUGCAAACGAAAGCCAUUACGUUACCCUAGUGCAACAGGCGUUCCAGCUGGCGCUCCGCCGAGGUCCGCCACCCCUUCCACGCCGUCUUCUCGCACACAUGCCACCACUCUUCGCAAUACGGGUUGUGCGGAGCCCCCAAGUACCCCCAGGGUUUCCCGCUCAGCUUCACGAACGGUUCGAGCGCCUCCGCCAUGGACGGGUGCAUCACACCAGUGAAGUGGAUGAUGCAUGGCUCAACCAUCGACUCCAGCCCCAACGCAGCGCGCUCCGGGGUGACAUCCUCGGCGUACGUGCCGAGGCCCUGCGCGUUCCACUUCAUCUCGAGGCAAAGCCAGUCAUCUCGGCAGUGCAUGUUCAGCGCGUCCUGAUCUUUGAACUUCGAGUUCGCCAUCUUCGCGCACUGUGCAUGUAGAGAACCGAAGUCCUUUCGCAAGCGCACUACGUCCAUGAGUAGGACUCCCGCGUUGAAGUACUUCAUGCGGCCGACGUCCUCGUGGCCCAUCGGGUAACCGACGUCAGGAACCGCACCCAACGUCUUGCCCCUGAGAGCACCUUCUCCACCUCCUCCGGCAAGAUCGGAAUCAGAGCGAUCUUGCCCCACGAGGGCCCAGCAGGGAAAGGAACGUCGGCGAGUGGGGAGGGAGGGGCCGCAGGUAGGUCCAGGAACCGUAUAGUCUUGUCUAUUGCAUCGGCGACGCACUGCUCCAGCUUCGCCUUCGAAACAUCAGACAGGUCGCUGCUAAAUACGUAGAACGUGACCGGGCCUCUGGUGUGGAUCACCGUGCUGCGGAUAGCGACUGCGGCAGCAAUUGCGUACCCGUCGUCGAUGGCGAGGGCGACGUUGAUGCCAGACUUCUGCAGGCCCUGAGACGCGGCCGUCGUGGCAAAGUUGUUCUUCAUGAGAAAACCGAUGCGCAUGUCGGUGGUCUUCUGAAGGAUCAUCUGGUACUGGUCGUCCGAGGACAGACGCGUGUACUGUCCGGCAUGCAGUGCGAGGAACCCGUCGAUGCCACGCUUCGGGUGGCGAAUGCUGUCUUCAGGUUCCAAGUUCCAGUGGUAGUCGUCGAAGACAAAGAUUGCACCCUUGCGGGCCAAGCGCCAUGCAAGCUCGCCGUCGAGGAAGGUGUCGUCUGCUUCGUGCGAGCCGUCGAUGUAGACCCAGUCGAAGCCAGGGCGUGCGGCAGACAUCUCCUCGCGUAGGAGCGUCAUCAGACCCGGGACACUGAAGUCGCCGAUGAUGCGAUGCGGCUUGCCGGUGAGGGAGAGGUUAUGCUGGAGGGCGGCGUAACGGCCGCGUCCCGCCUCGGUCUGCAGAAGGUCGAAGUGGUCGACGCAGACGAGCUCCCCGUCAUUGCGGCAGAGCUCCGUCAAGAGGAAUACGGCAGAUCUGCCCUCCCAGGAACCGAUUUCCAAGACUCGCGGACUGGAGGCGGUGACGCGGCCGAAGACGGCUCUCCAUGCGUCCUUGUGGGGACUGAACCAGUCCUGGGACUCGGUGAAGCGGUACUGUGGCUCUUGCAUCUCGUUCGUCUGCGAACUGCCAGUCCAUUUCGGUCAAACAGUGCGGGGGCAGUGAGGUAGAGCGAAACUCACUUGUUGUGGGAUGUUCCGAGGUGUUUCCUGCUCUGCAGUCUCAUCUUCAAGUGAGGCUAUAUACUGGCCUGGUGUGGUCUUCAUCCCUGCUUUACCGCGUUUGGCUCACAUGUUGACGACUUGCAUGACAGAUUGCGGCAGUAGGCACGGUUCAGAUGAAACACAGUUGUGUGGUUCUGCAAGGCUUUAUUGGUCAUGCUUACGUCAAAUCCAACAGAGAACGGAGGGAAUUGAGCCUGGAGCAGCAUUCUCCACGGGCGUCUGUCUUUACACAGCGGCCACUUGAGGUUAUCCAGGAGGCCACCACGGAGUCCUGGAUGGUCCCCGCCGGAAGAUCAUGUGUCACAUAUCUCAUCCGCGUUGGUCGCAUGACAAUCGGUUUCCUCUAGAGCUCUAUCAUUGCGCCAACACGUCGGAUUCUCCAUACCUAUGAACAGAUGGUUGCCUGAGGAGCAUGCGGCCCAACACACAGGCACACACUCUUGCCCACCUACGGUCCAUGUCUCUUGUCCGGUGCCUAUGAUCAUGGUCCACACUGAUUUGUUUCAUGUUGCACAUCCUUUCCUGCGCCACGCGGACGUGGGCUGGUAUUAACUCCGAAUCAGAUGGCUACCCUCCACGUGCAUGACUGCCAGCUAGUCGUGUGCUCUGUAUACGUAGAAUCGGAUGUUUUAUUCAAGUAUGGAUGUCGUCAUUGUGUGCGCAGACGCUAACCACAGGCGUAUCACUCCGAACACCUCGGGGCCUCGUUCGCAACGUUGCCUUGUUUGGAGAGUCUAAUCGAACCUCACGACGCGUCUAUGGGGUACUGUCGCUCAUUUCCCGUUUCACUAAUAUCGCAAUAUCUAGCGCAGUGCGAUUACGAAUUAGCAUCCUGCGACAUCGGAGAUUACAGAAACCGUGCUGCGAGGUUCUCUAUCCAGAUAACGAGGUGGGGGCUGCGCUACGCUGGUUCCGGCAUCAAGGCUAGGGCAGUAACGUAUAUAAUCCCGAGCAGGAUGACCUCGAGAGUCCAUCCUCAGAAGCCUUCUGCGUACUUUAGCAUGCUCGACAAAUCGAAACUCAUACUCAUUACCGGUGGACACGGUUUUAUCGGGGGCCAUGUUGCUCGAAAGCUCGUCUCCCUCGGCUAUGACGUCCGCGUCACCGACCUAGUGGGCCGUCCCCCAUUUGCUGCGACCUUGGUCAAAGAGGUCGUCCUUGGGAACCUCUGUGAUCCUUCGUUCUGCUGUCGCGUCGUCCAAGGCGUCGAUGUCGUGCUCCACUUCGCGGCCACCAUGGGGGGGAUGGGCACCAUUCACGCUGCCAACGACUUCAUCAUAUAUCAAGAGAAUCAUACGAUGACAACUAACCUCCUCUCUGCUUGCAAAGCCGCCGGAGUGCGAGGGUUCUUCUACGCGUCGUCGGCCUGCGUCUACCCAGAGUCCCUCCAGGGCUCCGGUGUCGACGUAUCACUUGCCGAGGGCGACGUGUGGAAGCACCCUCCGCCGCAUCCACAAGGCCUCUAUGGCCUGGAGAAGCUCGUGAGUGAGCUUGGACUGCAUCAGCAUGCGUCUACCCUCCAGGUAAGAGUUGCGCGUUUUCACAAUAUCUAUGGCCCCAUGGGGUCUUGGUAUGGAGGACGCGAGAAGGUCCCAGCGGCCUUCCUUCGCAAAGCACUUGCUGCGAAGCUGUCUCAGGAUCCGGAAGUGCACUUUGAGAUAUGGGGGGACGGCUCCCAGAGGCGGAGCUUCUGCUUCAUCGACGACGCUGUCGAAGCGAUCCUCCGUCUCUUGGAGUCGGAUUGCUCGGAGCCGGUGAAUAUUGGCUCGGACCAAGCCGUGUCCGUACGCCAGCUCGCGGAUAUCGCGCUCCGUGCUGCGUCCAUCGAUCCGGAAUCCGUCAAGUUUGACCACAAACUAGACAGACCUCAAGGCGUAGGCUCCCGCAACUCCGACAAUACUUUCGUGAAGGAGACGCUCGGCUGGGAGCCGCAGGUGUCCUUGGAGGAGGGCAUGCGCAGGACAGGAGAGUGGAUCCGCGAACAGCUUGAACAGUUGCUUCAUUCGAAGACUGCGGCUGAGCGGUCUAGCCUCCUCCGCCUCCUCCAGAGUAGCGACAUGGUCGACCUCGCAGCCGAUGCCAUCACCUUUGCAGUCCUCCUUCCAAUAACUUCUCGCGGUCUGAGCUCUCCCGAGGAGUGCCUCACUAAUCUAGGGCGUUUUGCCGACUCGCUACUGAGGACCACUGCAGACGACGUCGCGCGUCUUGGGGAGAGGUACCAGUUCCACAUCUACCUGGCCAUAGACGAAGACGACGCCUUCCUCUGGCGAACUGGAGAGGGUAACGCUGCCGAAGUACUUCUUCGCGAGCAUGGGGUCCAUCACAUCACCACACUGCCGCCAAGCCGUCGUCCGAGAGGACACGUCUGCGCUCUAUGGCGUGACUGCGCGCGGAGGGCGUUCGACGACAAGUGCGACUACUAUGUCCUCAUGGGCGAUGACGUCGUCCUGCAAGACGCCAACUGGAUGUCAGUCAUCCAUCGCAAGUUUUCCGAGCUCGCUGCUGCGGAAAGCGUGCCACACGGUGUUGGCUGCGUGGCGUUCACCGAUACGUCUUUCCCCGGCUUCCCGACAUUCCCAGUGGUCCACCGCACUCAUCUCGAGAUAUUUGGGGGCGACGUCAUCCCGGAUGGCUUCACGAACCAGGAUGGCGAUCCGUUCCUGUAUCAACUGUACCGGCGCUGGGGCUGUUCCGCCAUGAUUGCCUCGAGGCUUUGCAACAAGCUUGGUGGGGACGGCAACGCGCGCUACGACAAGGUUCAUGCGGCCGGGUGGACUUUCCAGACCCUGGACAAUGCUACUUCUGCAGUAGAAGCCUGGCUUAGGCAGCGGGCUCCUGCUGUGCAGCAGAAGCUCACUCUCGACGUCGUGAUCCCGUGCUAUCGGGUUCUCAUGAAACACCUUGAUGCCUUCCUCGCUCUGCGGGCGAGCCCCACCUGCACCGUCAUGUUCAUCGUCGUCGUCGACGACCCUGACUCUCCCCGCAUCCAUCAGCUCAUGCAGAAGUACGGAGAUCGUCCUGACGUCCGCAUCAGAGUAAACGCGCAGAAUCUCGGGGCGUCCUACUCCCGAAACCGGGGCCUCCUAGAAUCCGCAGCGGAAUGGGUGCACUUCCUCGACGACGACGUCAACCCGGACGCAAACAUCCUUAUCGAGGCCGAGAAGGCGAUCCGUGCACACCCUAGCGCGGCAGGGUUCGUCGGCAACGCUCAUUUCCCCCUUGCUGUCACCAUCUUCGAGGCGGCCGUGCACCUCGCGGGCGUCACGUACUUCUGGGACAUCGCCGAGAAGAUUGCACAGGACGUGCCCUGGGGCGUCACGGCGAACCUCAUCGCGCGCCGGAACCUUGCGGAUGGUCUGGCGUUUGACCUGCAGUUCCCGAAGACAGGCGGUGGGGAGGACAUCGACUACUGCCGGAAAAUGCGCGACUACUCCCUGCUCCAUGGCGGAGAGGGGUUCUUCGCGGCGCCGGCCGUGAAGGUCACGCACCCGUGGUGGUAUGGAGGGAAGAGGACGUACUGGAGGUUCUACAUGUGGUCGAAGGGUGACGGCAGGCUCGUGAAACUCUACCCCGAGCACUCCUACCGCGACUUCUCGCCGAACGCGGCGGAGUGUAUGCUCGGCAGCGUCCUGUUCCUCGUUCUGGGAGUCUUCGUCGCGCUCUUCGACGUCGCCCUCGGUCAGUCCAUCAUCAUGACCGGAACACUCUUCGGUGUCUCGAUGAUGGUAGCGAAUGUCGCGCAUGACCUCCUCCGUCACCUCGUGCUUCACCCCGAGCGGGUGAGCAACAUGAGGACAACCGUGAGCGGCUGGAGGUGGGUCGCGGCCGUUAUCGAGGGCGCGGUCAUUCGCGUCUUCUCGGAAUGGGGCAGGGUUAUUGGGCUGCUGGAGCGUGGCGAGUAUAGCCUGUUGUUCAUGCGGUUCGACUGGUUUUGUGGAGUGAUGGGUGAGGCUCCGAGGCGAGAGGAGAUGUGGAACAACCAGACCAGAGCCGUGUUGACUGUAGCCGUGUAUUCCUUCUUGGUCCGCUUCUUGUAAACAUUUCUUGGCUUGUAGCUGCUGUCGGCCUAGCAGCGCUUUGGAAUGCCUGCUGAGAUUUAGAGUGAAGUAUGUAGAUUGUCCGAAUG